GGAAGACCCUGCUGUGGGGAUACUGUGAGUCACUCUUCUUCCUGCAGAGAGAGAGGGGGCAGCCUGUGAGCAGGUGGGGAUGAUGGAAGCAAGGGGCUUGGGUUUAGCCCUGGCUGGAGGGGGUCACAGCAGGAAGGACCUAGGGGUACCUCAUCCAGCCCCUUGUCGUGCUGGUGGGGAAGCUCAGGCCCAGAGAGGCCAACGACGCCCAAGGUCUCCUGGCCUGUGCAUGGGUGGUGAUGGGGCUGGGUGCUUCUUCUGGGGCCCUUGCCUUAGGGAGAGACAGGUGUGGAGAAGCGUGUGGCUGCCUCAGGGGCUGGCGGCAUUCCUCCCCAGGCCCCUGUUACAUGUGACCCCACUCCUGGCCACCUGCUGCUCUUGCCACCUUGGCAUGUGCCUGGCGGUGCCCUCAGGUGUUGGGCGUCUGUCCUCACUUCUCUGAGCUCCUGGAGGGCAGAACCUGUUUUGUUUAUCUGCGGAGCUGUCAGGCCAUCUUGGGUAGCCCAAGGCAGGGUGACUUGGGGAACCAGAGCUGGUCCAGGGAAAAUUGUUCAAGAGUACAUGGCUGCCAGCGAGGCCACCGCCCCCCCUCCUUACUCCCUCACCCCAGCGGCCCAGCUCUACACCCAAGUCCCUCCCCUGAGGAUGGGCUGCUCCAGAAUAGUCGGGGCUCAGAACUGCCCCCUGAGCUGAGAGUUUCACAGAGGACAAGGCUGACUGUCCUGGGGGGCGAGGGGUGUCUUCUGGUCACAGACUGCGGCCAGGCUCAGGGCUCAGCCUGUGUCACCUAUGACAGGGCCGUGAUCCACGCGUUGGGCUUCAGAGGGCUCCGUGUGUGUGUGUGUGUGUGUGAGAAAGAGAGCAGGUGAGCGUAUGUGUGUGAUCAUAAGUGUGUGUGUUGAGAGCCUGUGUAGGUGUUAGUGCAUGCACACGUGUGUGUGUUGUGUACAUGUCUGCACGUACAUGUGUGAGUGCACGUGCAUGUGCGAGCGUUGUGAACAUGUGUGAGCACACGCACAUGUGUGAGUGUUGUGGGCAUGUGUGUCAGUGCAUGCACGUGUGUUGUGAGCAUGUGAGUGCAUGCAUGUGUGGGUGUUGUGCACAUGUGAGUGUGUGCACACGUGUGUGUUGUGAGCAUGUGUGUGAGUGCACACACAUGUGUGUUAGCAUGUGAGUGCAUGCAUGUGUGUGGGUGUUGUGCACAUGUGAGUGUGAGUGCGCACACGUGUGUUGUGAGCAUGCGUGAGUGCACAUACAUGUGUGUUGUGAGCAUGUGAGAGUGCACACGUGUGUGUUGUGAGCAUGAGUGCAUGCACAUGUGUGUUGUGAGCAUGUGUGUGUCUGCACGUGUGUUGUGAGCAUGUGAGUGCAUGCACAUGUGUGUCGUGAACAUGAGUGUGAGCGCAUGCACGUGUGUUGUGAACAUGUGAGUUCACACGUGUGGUGCACAUACGUGAGUGCACGCACGUGCAUGAGUGUUGUGAGCAUGUGUGUGUGAGUGCACGUAGAUGUGCGCAUGUGUGUGAGUGCCUGCACGCAUGAGUGUUGUGGGCAUGUGAGUGUAUGCACAUGUGUGUUGUAUGUGUGUGAGUGUAUGCACAUGUCUUGUGAGCAUGUGAGUGCAUGCACGUGUGUUGUGAACCUGUGAGUGUGAGUGCAUGCAUGUGCGUGUUGUGAACGUGUGUUGUGUGCAUGUGAGUGAGUGCAUGCACAUGUGGGAGUGUUGUGAGCAUGUGUGUGUGAGUGCACGUAGAUGUGUGUUGUGAGCAUGUGUGUCAGUGCAUGCACACGUGGGAGUGUUGUGAGCAUGUGUGUGCACACAUGUGAGUGUUGUGAGCACCCGUGUGUCAGUGCACGCAUGUGUGAGUGUCACGAGCAUGAGCGUGAGUGCACACAAGUGUGAGUGUUGUUUGUGUGUGUGUGAUGGUGUGAGUGUGCCCCACAGCCCCGUCUUCUGGGUCACGCACUGAAGCCUCCGUCUCUCCCUGUCUGCCCCGCCCUGCGGCAGCGCAGCCACCUCAGGGCCCUAGGGCAGCCCUGGCCAGGAGCAGUUCUUCCUUAAGCUCUGGUGAGAGGAAACUGCGGUCCCAGGAGAUGCCUGGACGUGACGGGGGGGUGGGCAGGCAGGGCUGCAGCCCCUCGCAGGAGACCAACCGCCCCGUGACUCUCUGUCCUCUCCCCCAGAUGUGGCCUGCUGCUGACCAGCCCGGAGUCCAUGGAGAGCCCCUCGGGAAGUGGAGCUGAGUACUCCCCCGCCCAGCACUGCCGAGGUGCCCACCACCGCUGAGGAGGCCGUGCCACUGGCCCUCGCCGUUGCUCUCGCCCGCCCCUGGCCGCCGCUGCCCGGCCCGGGGCCGGCUCUGCCACCUGAGCCCCCUGCCCCCCUCCUGGACUCGCCGUGCCCCGAUGGGGUAACGUGACAGGGGCCCCGCACAUCAGACGCCACUGCAUGCCCGCCUGCCCUGCCACCUGUGACCCUCACCUUAAGGCCGCCCUUGUCUGUCGAUUCAAGUUCCUUUUUCCUUUGGCCGAGGGGGUCAGGGGCCUGCCCACCAAUGUGGAGAGUGCGCCUCAACCAUGGACACUCUGGGCUUUUUAAAUUUCCUUUGCUGAGUUUUUUUGGUGAUUGUUACUUUUUUUGGCCCUUAUAAUUAUCCGGCUCUGAGAUACAGGGGUCAGGAGUUGCCCAUUUGACUUCUGGAGGACUGUUCUGUUUCUUUUUGAAGAGCUGGGUUUUUUUUUGUUGUUUUUUUUUUUUUUAACUAAACAGUGCCACCCCUUUCCAGAAUUUGCACAAUAUUUGUGCAUGGUGUAGGGGUGGAGGUUUUUAAACACUUUCUCUCGGACAAGCACAGGGAUCUCGUUCUGGUCGAGUUUUGAGGGGCUGGUGGGGUUUCUCUCCUCUGUACCCCAGGCCCCCCAGCUCCUUCCAGCCCCCGCGGGGCGGCGCCAUGGCGCGGAUGAACCGGCCCGCCCCCGUGGAGGUGAGCUAUAAGAACAUGCGCUUCCUCAUCACGCACAACCCCACCAACGCCACCCUCAGCACCUUCAUCGAGGACCUGAAGAAGUAUGGGGCCACCACUGUGGUACGUGUGUGUGAGGUGACCUACGACAAGGCCCCGCUGGAGAAGGAUGGCAUCACUGUGGUGGACUGGCCGUUUGACGAUGGGGCGCCCCCGCCUGGGAAGGUUGUGGAGGACUGGCUGAGCCUGCUCAAGGCCAAGUUCUGCGACGACCCUGGCAGCUGUGUGGCGGUGCACUGCGUGGCCGGCCUGGGACGGGCCCCGGUCCUCGUGGCGCUGGCCCUGAUCGAGAGCGGGAUGAAGUAUGAGGAUGCCAUCCAGUUCAUCCGACAGAAGCGGCGUGGCGCCAUCAACAGCAAACAGCUUACCUACUUGGAGAAAUACCGGCCCAAACAGAGACUGCGGUUUCGAGACCCACACACGCACAAAACCAAGUGCUGCGUCAUGUAGCUCAGGAUGGGCCGGUCCAGGAGGGCUGCAGCCACCGGCUCCGUCAGUUCCCUUUUUAGUCCGUCGCCCGUUGAGGGCCCGAGUUCUCCAGCCCUGCUGUGUGUGUCUGC